AGCAGGAAGAAUCGCCUUCGUUUAUUUACCGUCACAGUGAGCAGCACCUGACACACAACGUGUCUUUAUUUAAUUCACAUAUAAAUGUUAUAAAUAUUAACCUGUGAAUGACGUCAGUCAGCUGCCGCCUCGGAGCCGUGACGUGUUUCCUGCUGUUCAUGUCUGUUCACCGUGAGACUGACGGAGGAGAAGCUAACGCGACUGCUAGCCGCUAACGUUAGCCGUUAGCCGCUCGGAGCCGGUGACCGUCAGAGUUGGUCGUUGCAUGGGUGAGUGACAGUCAACCAUGAGUGCGGAGCCGGACGCCCUGGCCGUGGUCAACCAGCUGAGAGACCUGGCCGCCGACCCCAUGAACCGCAGGGCCAUCGUCCAGGACCAGGGCUGCCUGCCGGGACUCAUCCUGUUCCUGGACAACCCCAACCCUCAGGUGGUCUACUCCGCCCUACUGGCGAUCCGGUACCUGGCAGAAUGCCGAGCCAACAGGGAGAAGCUGAAGGGGGAGCUGGGGAUGAUGCUGAGCCUCCAGAACGUCGUACAGAAAGCGACGACUCCUGGAGAGACGAAGCUGCUGGCGUCUGAGAUCUACGAGCUCCUGCAGGCGUCCAGCAGCGCCGACUCUGAGCCGGCCGAGGAGGCCGUCAGCAGCCGCCGCAAAGCCCAGUUCUUCCUGGGCUCCAGCAACAAGAGGGCCAAGACCGUCAUCCUCCACAUCGACGGACUGGACGACUCGAGUCGGAGGAGUCUGUGUGAGGAGGCUCUGCUGAAGAUCAGAGGAGUCAUCAGCUUCACCUUCCAGAUGACCGUGAAGAGAUGCAUCGUCCGAAUCCGAUCAGACCUGAAGGCCGAGGCUCUGGCGUCUGCGAUCGCCUCCACUCAGGUGAUGAAGGCUCAGCAGGUGGUGAAAGGAGAGAACGGAGACGAGGUUUUGAUCCCGCUGGCGGAGGACGGUUCGGUGGAGGUGGAGCAGAAUGUGGACCUGCCGGACUACCUGCCGGAGGACGAGAGCCCGUCUCAGGAACCCGACAAGGCGGUGAGCCGGGUGGGAUCCAGCCAGGAAGGGAACAGCUGGCUGGGCGCCGCCACCAACUUCCUGUCCCGGUCCUUCUACUGGUGACCCUGUGGGGCCACCGCCCCCUCAGUCAAUCAUCCCGCCUCCUCUCAGAACCAAAAUCUACCUGUUGCCAAAUUUCACCGCUGUCUGUCUCAGUCAGAGAGACAAAGACCUAGACAGAUCCUCUAACAAUGAGUGUAAAAACAGAGCGUGCAGCACUUUACCGCUGCGGUGAAAACAGGCUGCUGUUCCAGGCGAGAGGAGCCCAUCCAAUAAAAACACAGGACUGGGGUUUCAGUUUGAGGUGAGACGACGUCCUCUCUGCAAACGGGUCCAUCUGUUCCAAACCAAAUUGUCUUAAUGGACAGGAAGUGUCCUGCAGCGACAUGAACAAACACCAAGUUAGAAUAAAGAGGACCAAACGGGACGUCCCUCUCUUCCCUUUUAUUAUUUAUUUAUUUGACCAACAGACUGAGCGACUCUUCUUCUGCAGUUUGACGUGAUUUUAAGGACAAGCAGUUGGAGUUCAGUCAGCGGUGCCUUCAGUCCCUCUGAUCCUCCGUCACCUCAGGCUGCAGCUAACUGUUGUUCAUUAUGAUUCAGUCACGGGUUCAUCGACUGUCUGAAAUCAAUGGUGACAAACACUCAGAGCGACGUGUUCAAAUGAUCCGCCUCAGUACACUCUUAUCAUGCCCCAUCAAUGAUCAAAACAAGAAUAAUAAAAUCCUCCUCACCCUUAAUACUGAACUUUUUCAAAGCAGCUUCUUUAUCACUGUAACUGUGAUUAAACCUCAGGAGUCGUAUUCACAAGCAUUCAGAGAAAACUCACAGAGCUCUGAAGCCUAGAUAUUUUCAGUAAGGAGUCAGAGGUCAGGAUUAUUUAGGGAAGUUCUCAGAGGGACAGAAACUGUGACCUCAGUGAGGAGGUGUGGUCGACCCUGUCGUUAAGGGUGACACAUUCCUUUAACAGAUGUGAUUGGUUGUCAGUGACACACCCCUCUGUGAGUCUGUAAGGUGUGAGGACACCCAGUGGACACGAGAUGAACUGCAGACUGUGAAAGUGUUGCCAACAUCUGUGUCUCAGUUCAGGGCCGCAUCUGAUACACCGGAGACGCCGCCAUCUGAUACAUUUCAGGCUGAUGGAGUGUUUUCAGGUAAACUUAUUAAAUUAAGAUUGUUUAAGCUGUGUGCUUUCAGCUAACGUAAUGUUAACAACAGUUAACCGUUAGCUAGUUAACAACUGUUUGUUAACUUACAAUUACAAUUGUCACCAGCGUGCGACGCAUCUUGGGAUAGGCUGGACCGCAAAGGAUUCAUCCUCUGCAUCCGCGUGGGACGCGUCGAUGUGACACAGUUGGCCUUCAAAUGCAGCCUUUGGAGGCUGCGGCCCUGAACUGAGACACUGCUAACGUUCACUGCUGAACCCAAAAAAUCUUGUCUUGUUGUGAUUUUAUUUCGGGCGUUACAGCAUUAUUCCAUUGGCUGUGAAAUGUGUGCGUACGCCUUCUGAGUCUGACCACACAUAUUCUCCCUGCACCCUCUAGUCGGUAGCAUUUCAUUUCCUCACUGUCCUCCAGUGUUUGGAGAAUUUAUCCGACCUCUUUGUGUUUCCACCAUUUUCUCCUCUGAUUCAUAAACUCAUAAAGUCCUCCUCUCUGCUCCGAACAGUGUUUCACCUCAGGAGCUCCUUAACGGUCUGAGACACUUUGUGAAUAACUUUUAUCUUCACAAGACCUCGUCUUAACUUUGAGGGGAAAUUCUAAGAAAACGUCACAGUUCCAAUAAUUUUCUUUCUUUCUUCACUCUUUCACGCUUUCUGUCAAGCAACUCUUCAUACUAGGAGUCUUUGUGAAUACGGCCCCAGAUGUUUGAGGUGUCCUAAUAAAUGUUUUUAAAUGGCGUCUGCCAACCAUCCCAGAGUAUUUCCUGGAUAUCCUGUGGAUGCAGGCGCCUCAGGUUCAGAUUUUUACAGGUUCAUGUAAAUUCGAAGCUCUUUGAACAGCGCCAGGCAUGUAAACCAAUAUUACAUUGUGGCCAGAAGUGGAAUUACACCAUUCGGGUCCGUCACCUGACGCCCCCCAGACCAUAAACACCCAUUUUUCCCGCAGACUUACGUUGUGAAGGAGACGACUGUAAAUCAGUGGAUAAAUUAUUCUGAGCAUCACAGCCUCAGAGAAAUGACUUGUUUCACUAUCAGAAUUUGAUCCAUUCACUCCAAUAACAUUUGAGAAGUCUAUCAAAUCAAAUCAAAUCAUUUUAUAGCCAUUCUAGUUAGCUGUUCAGCUGCUGUUCAGUCUCCAGUGCGCUGGCUCUGUGGGCUGCACACUGUGGACGAUACAGGUCAUUUCAUACCGAGGAAAUCGAGCUUUUUGGCUUCAUGCACCGCUGAGCAACUUUAACGGGAAUGAACAGGCCCCGCCUCCAACGCUGUGUCCAGGUGUCUUUAAACAUCCACUCUGGAUGAACAUCGUUCUGAGUGUUUGUCAUCAUUUCUGACAGAGUGGAAUCUAAAGCAGACUGACGGCGAGCUGCAGCCUUCCUCGGUGGAGUUAAAGGACAGUGAACAGAUCUGAGGUCAGAGGGACGGACUCGUUACUGAAAGGUCACAGGUUUGAUUCCUUGUUACUGCUGAGAGAACAGUGCUUUACUUUUAUUUCCAGUGUUUACACCAGUGUCCCCGAAUGAACGCCUUCACACUGAACUUUAUUUAAAAUGUCCCCGUGGAUCAAACUCCUGCUUCACGUUUAAACAUGGUGGUGUUUUAUGGAGCAAUGUUACCGAACUGUAUUCUUAUUUAUUGUUGGUGAUGUGACAGGGAAUCAUUUCUGCACGGUUUAAUCUGAGUGUGUUUUUAACUGAGACUUUGAAAAGAAACAACAACCCCAGAGAUCAUCUGUACCAUAGGCUGUACGUAAAGAUGGACGACGCGUCUCCACUUCCUCCCACUGUACAAAAAUGAAGCCAGAAUGUCCUGAUACUGCCGCUGCCAUCUUGUUCUGGUGACGUCAUUUGGAGCCAGAGUCUGCGCUGUACAGAUCUCUGUGAUACCAAGUUUUCGCCCAUGCACCCGGCACGCACACUGCUUGGCUCACACAGCCAUCAAUCAUGAUGUCACAUCCUCCUUUUUACAACCUUAAAUAACCAAUUAAACCCAAACUGACUGAAACACAAAAAGAGUCUUUGGGAAAAAUUAAUCUGACAUGCUCUUUGAGUUUUCAGUUUGGCUCCCAUCCGCUAACAUGGAGGGGGCGGGGUUUAUGACCUGUACUGCAGCCAGCCACAUUCAGAUGUUUUGGCUUCAAUUUUAGGGAACUAUCAUGUUGUCCAUCUUUAUACACAGUCUGUGGUUUGCGCAAGGAGCUUUUUUUGACCCAUAUUUACCGCUAUUGUUAGGUGGCGACAUCUAGUGGCCGUAGUCAUUAUGACAGGAGAUAAGACAGGAAGUCAGCUGAUGCAGAAUAAAGAGCGACAAAGUGUGUGUACACAGGAAGUGGAUGAAACACAUGACUUUGACCUAGGAGGUCACCGUGUCCCGUCUGAAACCAAAAGUCAGCGUUUUUUAACCGACGUACGUAAGUUAACCUACGUCAGGUACACACAGGGCUGAGCAGCGUUUACAACAUUAAGAUACCAGAACUCUUAAAGUGAUACUCAAACCAAUAAAGAACGUCAUUUGAUACCUUUUUCUACAUCAUUUCGAUAAUUAUGUGAAUGGAAGCUUUAAGUUGCCUAAAUCGUCACCAAACUUUCUAACGCUUCGGUGGCGUGUCGGCACACUGACCACCGCGCUCGUCUUCAUCGCACCAGACUGUUUGGGUUUUGUGGGCCAAUGACACGUCACAUUAAAUCAAAGAACGCACUGAUUGGCUUCGAGCAAAACCAUAAAGGAUCAAAUGCAGGUAUGAUCUGACUGAAGGAGAUUUGAUCCUACCUGGUACUGAGUUAUUCAGUCGAUAAGAGUUCAGAUACUCAGCCCUACGUACGGAACAUAUUUUGAGCUCCAGUGUGUCGGAUUUAAAUCUAAUCUAAUGGUUGUGUUCUCGUUACCUCAGAAUGAGACGAACUCUGUAGACAAGGACCUGCUCCCUAUGUAGACAUAAACAUCUCAUUCUGAGGGAACGAGAACACAACCAUGAGAUCAAGGUUUGGAUUGGACACACUGGAGCUUUAAGUUCUGUCAUUAAGGUGUGAGGAAGUGUCGAUCUGUAAUUUCAGAAGCGCUCCUGUGGGUGGUGUUAAAGAGGAGGAACAAACCGCCUGUGAGGUCGGACAUGUUGGAGGACCUUUAGUUUUCAGACAGAGCAGAAAAUAUUGGAGCAGGUUAGAAUGAUGUCAGGUGUGUUUAAGAAGCAUCUCCAAGCUUUUGACAUUAAAGGCCUUCGCACAUUGAGUCUGUUUUGUCGCAUGUCCAUAAAUAAGUACGACCUCACGUUGUGUCAUGUUCACACACUGAGCCCAACAGUUUCACCCGUCAUUAAACAUCGUGGAACAGCUUCAGUUUCCUGCGUUUUUUGCUUCCGUCAGAGUCUUUAGAGACGUCUGACCUCUAAUCAGUGAAGACAAUGUCAGAUAGUGACAUUCAGGAUGAUGAUGAUGACGAGGAGGAGGAUGUGGACCACACGUAGCUCCGCCCCUUCAUGCAGCUGUGGUGACAAAUGAAAGAUGGGGAGGAAGUGAUGUCAGAUAGGUAACUCCAGUGACGAGAGAGACAAAGGAGGAAAUGUGUCUUUUCAUUUUGUCACGUGUUGUGAAUUUUCACUUGAGAAGAAUAAAACACAUCUCAGUCUGUGUGUAACGAAUUCUUCUGGAUGACGGAUUUUUAAAAAAAAACAGACUCAGUGUGCGAAGGCCUUCAGUGUAACCAGGAAGUGACCGCGCUCUGAGCUUCACACAGUUUUUACGACAUGAUUCACAUCAACAGUUUUUAUUAAAUGACUCUUUGCUUCUGAAAUCACGUCGGUGUUAAUUAAUAAUUCACCGGACAGAAACAUGUCUGAAAACACUGCGAUGAUUUUAAAUGAAACAGAAACUGUUGUUUGAUUUCCAGGAGACGUCGAUGACAUCAUCAGUUUUUAUAAUUUUAAUGGAUCAUGACGACGAGGAGGUGAAACGACCUUUAAUGACCCUGUACAGAUUUCUACUGUCCUGUUAUGAUGCUGUUGUGUCUGUGUGUUUGUGUGUUCAUGUACCUGCCAGGUGUGCUCAUAGCUCCGCCCACAACACACACUGUCCAAUCACAUUCUGAGAAGCCUGUUGUCAGAUGUUAGCAUGAGCUUGGAUCUAAAUUACAGUAUUGGCCUGAAUAUGAGACAACUGAUUAAAAUGAGAGAAAACCAGA